AUGGCCCUCGCGUCUUCUCAUACAGUGAUUGGGACACCGUUCUCGACCUUCACCCGCACCAUUACUCUUGGGCUAGAGUACAAAGGCAUAUCUUAUGUUCAGAAGGCUGCCAUCCCUCAAAGUGCGCUCGCAGUUGAGAACCACCCAUUGGGCUACCUUCCGACUCUUGUUAUACACGGCGCCAACAACAAUCAAGGUGACAUGAAGCUCCGUGAAAGCCAGGCAAUUGCGAGAUACAUCGACCGCAUCUCCCCUGUUCCGUCGCUUCAACUUCAGUCGGGCGUCGACCUACCUGUGGAAGAGAAGGUAUGGGAGCUUGUCAGCAUCGUCGCUUCUUUCGGGUUCCCCGCCGUCGAGGUCGGAGUUGUAAAGCCCCGCGUGAAGGUGGCGGACGAAGGCAAUCUAUCCGAACCGGAAAUACAAGCCCAUAUCAAGGAUGGAAUCCAACAGCUCAAGCGAUUUCUCUCAGUUGUGGAAUCCUUGAUGCAGUCCGAAGGCUACGCAUUCGGGGAAAAGCUCACCUGGGCAGAUUUUUUCCUCUAUCCUCUGCUUUCUGAUCUAAGGGCCGUACCAGAGUGGGCAGUCGUGGGGGAAAGACUUCAAGCUUGGAUGAAGUUGAUGGACAAAUUGCCGGCGGUAAAGGCAACAGAGACCGGGACGUUAUCCGUAGGUGCAAGGCCUUGA